CUCAAAACCCAAAGUUUAUGAAAACUAGGCUACAAAAUCAAAAAGCAAACUCUAAAUAAUACAUCAAAUAGGGUUUUGCAUGUCACUUUAUGAGCAGCCCAAUAAGUAAUAUUAGAAAACACCAUCAACUUUACACGAAACCGAAAGAAGAAUGAGGAAGUCAAGUGCAGACAUUCACAUAGUAUGGAACUAUGGAUCACCCUAGCACCUUUUUGGAGUUGGCAGAAGACGACAUUCUAAGUCAACCUUGAUGAUCAUGGUGGAUAUAUGUUUUGAUUAAUUAGAGGUAAAAUGGUUGCUUGGCCAUCGAGGCGCUAUGGAACAUAAGGGUUUAAAAUACUAAGAUAGAGAUAGUUUGAAGCCAAUCGAACGAGACCAUCAGCAUCACAAAAAUCAAAGAGGUCUACAAAGCAAUAACCUCGACAAAUCAAAAUUUGGGAAAUGAGUUGUGUAGACACAAGUUCAAGGAGUGUAUGUGUUAGAUAUCCCAUGGAUUUGAUUAAUGUUCAUUGUAUGAUAGAAAUUGUGAUACAGUGGUUAGAAGUAGUAGCAGAUAGUGAUUGGAAGUAGUUACAGUAGCACUGAUGUCUUGUAUCUGAAGUUUUACGAGGAACUUGGUCGUAAUUGUGGUCAGGUUAGAGCCUAAUAGAAUGCAACAACAAUUGCUAGAAAAAAAAUCUCGACAAACACACAGUUGUCGAAUUAAAAUUUAAGAAACCAAGUGGGGGAUAUCAAAGAGCAGCGAGGGUAGAGGAAGAAUAUGAGCAACACAGGAGGGAAGAUAAUAGAUAAAUUCCCGAAUUUGGUAUGAAAUUUGGAUAGCUAGAGAAUGGACAUAUGGUUGAGUAAGCUAAACAUCAUUAAUUUACGAGAUUCCGAGAUCAUCCACUCGAUACACACAUGUGGAUGGAUAUAUAAUUGGGAGCACAAAAAGUGACUCCAACGAUGAUUGAAAUUGACAGUUGUGAUCGAAUGAAGAAACUCUUCAAACCGUACUAGUGUGUAGUGUCCAUAGGUUGACAGUUAAGGCAGUCCUUUUUAAAAAAUCAUUCAAUGAUCUCGUGAUGCCUUUGAUAGAUAUGACACUACCAAUGCUAAAGGUAAAUAAAGAAGCAUACAUUUUAUUGAUCUCGUGACAAUUGAUGAUUUACACAUAUCAUAAACAAUGACGAUCGAUAGAUAAUGAGAUACUUAUUAUGAAAACUAUUAUGGUUGAACAACUAACAUCAAUCCAUCAUCGAUCUUACAUUUAAUCAUCAACAUUCUACAAAAAAAUGAUAUGACACUAGAUGUCAUGGAUUACUAAAACCAAUAAUGACCAAGAUUUUAUGAGAUUUUUUUAUACAAAUAACGCGAGAUUCAAAUUUCAAAACAAAAAGAGUCGAUGUAUGUGAAAAUGAGAUCAAUUUAACUUAUUUUGCGUUGAGUUUUAACCAAAAAUCGCAAAAAUACCGCUAAUUAUAAGUUUAAUUUCAUCUUGAUCUCCUUCGCCACUUAAUUGUCAAAGUUCAUCAACCUUUUUUUGAGAUAAUCUCAUUUAUCUUUUCUCUGUGUAUCAUAAAAAGUUCAAAUGCUAUAACGAAAUUGAAUUGAAUCACUUUUUUUUCUUUUUUUUUUCCAAAGGAAUUGAAUCACUUCAAUAAGCACUAUUAAAAAGUUACUUUCAUGAAAUAAACCAAAUUAAAAGACAGUACCAACAUAUUGGGCUUGAACCCAAAUAGUAAAAUCCAGUCAAGCCCAUAAAAGCCAAGUGGCAAAAUAGAUCAGACCAAGCCCAUCCGAAAUAAGUGGCCCAAUCCAAAAUACCGACAUUGAUCGUUCUCUGCCAAUCAGUCGAUCCCCACGCCACGCCAGUCAUCCUGAUGGCGAAAAUGCAUCAGAGCUCUCUUCCCGCCGGUAAGCCACUCCAGGCAGUUCCACCGCCGGUGGCCACGAAGCCAACGGUGGCUUUCACCACUCCGUCGAACUACGCAACCAGGCUGUCUCGACUCCUCAGUCUCUAUUCCUUUACUCCGCUGUGGUGCCCAACCAUCGCCACCGAAGCGACCCCAGAAACAAUCGCGUCUUUCGGCCACCACCUCUCCGCCGACUCCAUUUCUCUCUUCUCGGCCAUCGCUUUUCCUUCACGGACCGCAAUUGAAGCCGCUUCCGCCGCGUUUCUCUCCCUGGCCACGCCUCUCUUACCUCCCGACGCCGCCGAUUCCCUCGUUCUCGCCGCACUAGGCAAGGACGCGGAGCUGCUGGACUCGGAGUUUCUGCUUAAGUUCUGUUCUAAUGUCGAUAGGGUCAGAGUUCUGGUUCCUACGAUUCCUACGCCAAGUGGAUUGGUCCAAUCGCUGGGGCUGGGGCGCGGCCGGAGAGUGCUGUGUCCGGUUCCUAGGGUGAUUGGAGUUCAGGAACCGCCGGUGGUGCCUGAUUUCCUCCUGGAGCUGGAGUCCGCCGACUGGAAUCCUGUCCGAGUCGAUGCUUAUGAGACGCGGUGGUUGGGCCCCACCUGCGCGGCGGAGAUAGUGGAGGUGGACGAACUGGAUGCUGUUAUUUUCACGAGUACUGCGGAAGUGGAAGGCUUGCUGAAAAGCUUGAGGGAGCUUGAAUGUGAUUGGACGACGGUCAGAUGCAGGCGGCCGGAACUGGUUGUGGCAGCACAUGGUCCGGUGACGGCAGCUGGAGCUAAGAGAUUGGGAGUGGACGUUGAUGUGGUCAGUGGCAAGUUCGAGAGCUUUGAAGGCGUCGUCAAAGCCCUGCAUUCACGCUUCAGAGGUUUGAGCUCUAGAUGUUUGUGAAAUUGCAUGAAUGACAUUUUUGCUUGAAUGAUAAAGCUUGGCAUUGGAUUCACACAUCCAAUGCUCAUUGUCCUGAUGGUUGCUUUUUGUUUAAGCUUCACUUGGUUAAGUUCAACUUUCAAUUCCAGAAAUCAUGCUGCCUAUUGCAUAGCCCACAUGAAUAAACAGAAAAUUCUGAGAUCGCUUUUUGAUAUACCUAUUAUCGUUUGAUACGGACAAACUUGUAGCUAUUAUAUUACAGGGCAACUAAGCAACACCCUGCAUAUGCUGCAAAGAGAUACUCACCCUUUAGUAAACUCGGUAUAUAUCCAUCAUUACUGCUAAUCUUGCUAUCUGGAAUUAACUAUAGUUCAGUUU